GGCACCAUAGAUUAUACACUUGAGGUCGUCACCAUCAUUAAUUAUUACCGUGAGAUGUGAAAUAUUUGAUAAAAAUUGUGGUUUUGUGCAGAGCUAAGCUUAUUAAGAAUGCAUACAGAUUAAACAAUGAAUUAGCUCAACAAUUAAACGUGAGAAUUACAUAAAUCAUACGGCGACGAGUGCUUGAACUUGAUAUUUAAAAUUUAAUAUUUUAUUGUUUGUGUUAUUUUCGUCGAAGUGUUGGACAACUUGGCGCAAGUAUUUUACUAAAGUUUAUUGUUUUGAACUUUUCAAGUUUUGGGUUUGGCCAAAUUUUGUGGAGCAGCGUUCCACUUAUGCGUUGUCAAAAAGUAACUAAACUAUACGUUUUCAUUGAUUAAUCAGAUGAUCUUAUUUUCGAAAAUAUUUUAAUGGAACUCAAUGACUACAACACAAUUUAAGAUGUAUUUAAGGAUAUUUUCAGUAUUGAUUAUAACAGGGACCGUGGCAGCGCAACUGAAAGGUCCUAAUGUCUGCACUAGACAAGAACCGUAUACGACGAUAAUACGAGUAUCCAAACAACAACCUUAUCAGGUGAAGGAAAAAGCAUGGUGUUUCAGUAUGCUGCCCAGGUGUACUAAAUACAGUAUUAAAUUCCGGCAAGUGUUCAGAACUGAGACACUCACGAAAUAUAGACUAGUCGAAGAGUGUUGCGAGGGCUAUGCGCCGGACGCUGACGGCGAACAGUGCGUGCCUGUGUGCGUGGAGUCGUGCGUGCACGGUAAAUGUGUCGCGCCGAACACGUGUACGUGUGCUCAUGGAUAUGGGGGCCCGUCGUGCGAUAUAUCUUGUCCCAACGGUAAAUGGGGUCGGAAUUGUCAGAACGAUUGCCGUUGUCUUAACGGUGGUACGUGUGAACCUUUGACCGGGGACUGCGCCUGCACGCCCGGGUGGAGAGGCGACGCCUGCGAGCGCGCCUGCUCACCUUCUACGUACGGACACAAAUGUGACGAGAUAUGCCAAUGCAAAAAUAACGCGACCUGCGAUCCAUCUUCAGGAGCUUGUAACUGCAGACCAGGCUUCACUGGGCCUUUAUGCGAGCAAGAAUGUCCCGUACCGGGUGAAGCUUGUCCCCAAAACUGCCGGUGCCAAAAUGAUGGACAAUGCAAGAAAUUCACAAACGACUGCGAGUGUACUGCUGGCUGGACCGGAGAUGUUUGUGCUAACAGAUGUCCUGCAGGUCGAUGGGGAGAAAAAUGUGAGAGACCCUGCGAGUGUGCUAAUGGCGCUAGUUGUCAUCACGUUACAGGAAAAUGCCAAUGUGAAGCAGGCUUUACGGGGGAGAAGUGUUUGGAUAUAUGUCCGAUCGGUACGUACGGCGUGGACUGCGCGCACACGUGCACGUGCGAGCACGGCGGCGCGUGUGCGGCGCAGAACGGCUCGUGCACGUGCCGGCCGGGGUGGCGCGGCCCGCACUGCCAGCUGCGGGCCUGCGACGACGCCAAGUGGGGGCCGCACUGCGACAAAGACUGCGACUGUAAUCCUGAGACAACUGAUUUGUGCGACCCGUGGACCGGCACGUGCGAGUGCGCAGCGGGGUGGGGGGGCGACACGUGCUCGCGACAGUGUCCACUGCUCACUUACGGCAAGGGGUGUCGCUCUACAUGCCGCUGCGAAAACAACGGCCUCUGCUCGCCUAUCAAUGGUUCGUGCCUGUGUGCCCCGGGGUACCGCGGUCUCCACUGCGAGGAGAAGUGUCCCUACCCGCUCUACGGAGAUAACUGCGCCGACACCUGCGACUGCCACAACAACGCCACCUGCUCGCACGAGACGGGACAGUGCAGCUGCAAACCAGGAUUCGAUGGCUUGAAAUGCGACCGACCGUGUAACGGUAAAACAUUUGGACUGUACUGCAGACAGCCGUGUGACUGUGAGAACGACGCGCCGUGUAACCCAGUGACCGGGGAGUGCGUGUGCGGGCCGGGGUACACGGGCGCGCGCUGCGAGCGGCACUGCGAGCCCGACCACUUCGGCCAGGGCUGCUCGCAACCCUGCAACUGUUCCCGCCACGCGGUGCGCUGCCACCACGUCACCGGGGACUGCAUCUGCGAAGACACCUGGAGAGGAGUCCGUUGCGAGACGCAGUGCUCGGCGGGCACGUUCGGCGCCGCGUGCUCGGAGGCGUGCCGCUGCGCAAACAACUCGUCGUGCGCGGCGGACUCUGGGCGCUGCGUGUGCGCGGCCGGCUGGACGGGCGAGCGCUGCGACCGGCCCUGUCCCGAGCGCACGUACGGCGCCGGCUGCACGCAGCGCUGUCCCCACUCGCUGCCCGAAAAUACAACAUGCGAUCCCGUGACUGGCAAGUACAGCUGUGCGAGCGGCUACACGGGCGUGGCGUGCGAGUACCCGUGCCCGCUCGGGACGUACGGCCUGGACUGUCAGAACAAGUGCGUUUGUAAGAAUGACGCCGACUGUCAUCACGUCACCGGAGUGUGUCAGUGCCGGCCCGGCUGGCGCGGCGCCCAGUGCGGCGAGGCGUGCGGGCCCGGCUGGUGGGGCAUCAACUGCUCGCAGCCGUGCCGGUGCGCGCACGGCGCCGCGUGCCGCCCCAUCGACGGCUACUGCCGCUGCCCGCCCGGAUACACCGGCAACUACUGCACCCAGUUCUGCCCGGAGGGGUACUUCGGCGACCACUGCAUGGAGGCGUGCAACUGUCCGUCGGCCGGGAACUGGGUGUGCGACCCGGUGCGGGGCUGCGUGUGUCAGCGCGGCUUCAUCGGCGACGGCUGCGACCAGCACGCCAGCGAGGCCGUCGUUAUAGGAGAAGCUAAAGCAGGAUCGAACAGCGGUCUGAUAGCGGUCGUGAUCAUAUUGGCACUGCUUUGCGCCGCCGCCAUCGUCCUCGUGUUGCUGUACUACCGCAACCGAGUCAAGAACCUGAAGCGCGAGAUCGCGCACGUCGUGUACACGGCGGACCCGCACUCGCAGCCAGAACAACAACAUUUCGAUAACCCGGUGUACUCGUACCAAGGGUCGACUAGGAGCGACGACUCAGCGAGCUUGCUGAACAACGCGACUCACAUUGUGAACAACCUGGGCACCGGGAGUAAACUAUCCAACACGACCAUAGAGAAGCUGAGGAUGAAGGCAACAGCGUCGAACGAUGCGUAUGACCCCAUGUCUUCUAUAAAAAACAAAGAUGCCGAUGCCAAUAACCCCAACCUGUAUCAGUACGUUGAAGACAACAAAUUGGAUCAUGUUUAUGAUGAAAUCAAACACAAAGAAGGAUAUGAAAUCGAAUACGAUCAUCUCAACUACACGCCGCCGGCCAACAAAUGGAAGCCUCACUACCACCGGAUGCCGAAUGGAUUGACCGCAUCCAACGCGCAGUCCUCGGCGUCGUCCAGUUCUAACGGCGACGCCGCGACGCCGCCCAUCCCGCCCCUGCCGCGCCGCGCCACCACCCCGCCCCCCAACCCGCCCGCCGCCCCGCCCGCCGCCCUACAGAAUCUCAGCGACGACGGAACAUCAACACCGUGAUGUGCUCAGAACUCAAUAGUAAAUAACUCGGAAUAUAACGAAGCGAAAAGGUCGAAUAUCCAUUUUUUCAAUUUGUCAAUAGAGCGCUUUUAUUUUAACUCUUUACUCUUUAGAUUUUUUUUUGCUUGUAAGCACAUAAUGUUCUAGCCUAUAGUAAGUACCAUUGAAUUAAAAUAGAAGUUCAAUUUAAAAAAAAAAACACCACGAAAAAGCUAAUGAAAAAAUUUAGGAAAGAGAUCCGCUAAGUAAUUUUCUAAUUCUCAUAAGUAACGUUAAUUAUCGAAGAUUAGACUUAAGUGAUUACAAUGCCUAAAAUCAAUAUGUUUUAGUCCUACAUGAGACGAAUAUUGUAAUAGGCAGCUGCUCGACCGUCGCCCUAGCUUAUGAUUACUGCCAUCAAGCCAACAGUACAUUCGCCUUCAAUAACCAAAAUAAUCUUUUAAAAACAAUUAUCCGACUUUACGUCUCUGAUUUCAUGAUACAUUUAUCAAAUAUUGUGGACUGUCGACUGACUAGGUAAAUUAUAAUUGAUACUUUUGGAUUGUGAUAGAAAAUCGUCUCAACAAAAACGAAGAAACGUUGUUUUAAAAUAAAACUGGAUAUUCGAACUUUAAUGUCGAGAUAUUUUGAUCAUGUGAUUAACACUUUACUAUGUAUUUUAGUUACAGUAUUGGUUAUGAAAUAUUUGUACAGAGAACAACAGGAUGUAAGAAAAUGAGACGCGUAAGGUAAACUACGUAUUUUAGAUCUAAUUAUUUUUUAAUUUAAUCAUAUUGGAGCUUUACUUUUAUUUAAAGGCAGCGAAAUAUUAUAUUUUUCUUAAAUUACAAUUUUACUUUUCGUUACAUACUUUUGGAACGUUCAGAUAUAUGCAUAAAUUGAAUAGGGAUUGUUCUUAUAUAACAAAACUGUUAAUUUAGUUAUAGGCUUUACAAAUUUUAAUCUCUUAUUUUUAAAUUUCCUUAAUAACAUCAUGUUGUAGUGAAAAAUUUAGUUUUGAUAAUUAAUACAUUUUAUUAAAAAAAAAUUACGAUUAAUUUGUAUCCAAAAAAGAAAUUAUCACUAUUUUUAUUCAUUAAAAAAAUAAUCUCUGAAUCUUAUUUUUGUUAACUUUAUUUUUGUGAACAGUUUGCUUUCUUAUGAAAUUAAAAAAUCUUAUGUUAUGGCAGUUAAUUAUGAUUGAUGUUGUUUGGUAAAAAAGCUAUGGUUGUAAAAUUAAUAAAAACACUAGUAAAUACAUAUCGAUAGAACUGUUAUAUAAAUGUAUUUUUUUUACAAAAACUUUAAGUGUUCUAGUAUUACAAUAUAAUAUUUUUCGAAAUUUUCAAUGUUUGAGUACUAAACUAUCGUAGGAUAAGAUUAAGAUUUAUAAUUUACGUACUUUUAAGAGUUCUCAUGUGCUCGUGACAUGACACCGAUAAAUAUAUUUACUUCGAAUGAACGUUUUCAUAAUUCUAACUCAAUAAUGCAGUUGAAAAACAAACAAAAUAUUUUCUAGUUGUUUUGAGACAAUUUGUAUUUAAAAAAAUGAAUUUAGACUUAGUAAGAUGUACAUUUAUUUAUAUGCCAACACUAGAUCAUUUUUCGGAAACCACCAUUCCUUUCCGUGUUUUUUAUGUUAUUUAUAAAUGAAUUUUCUAAUAUAUCAAUGUACAUGUUUUGUUUCCAUUAAUAUUGUGUUGACAGUUUUAAUUUUUUUAAAUAUGUUAUUAAUUUUAUAAAAACUUUAAAACUAUACAAACCUAUAUAAAUUUAUUAUGUUACGCAUUUUAUCAGCUGUAAUGUUGUGCAUGUUAUUACGUGAGUAAUUCAGUUCAGAAUUAUAUUAACAUGAUGAAAUGAAGUAUUUAUAGUAUAAAUAUAAUAAAAUAAAAUAGUAAAAAAAAGUUGAUAAAAGGACUCAAAUUAAAGUGUUCGAAACUUUGCUCAAUAAGUGUCAAUUGAAAGCAAUGGAGAGCUUUAAUAGAUUUCUCAAAAAUAUUAAACUAAAUUUUAUAUCUAUUAGGGUGUAAUGAAAGAAACUUAAUUCUAAAAAAAAAUCUGUUAACUAUUUAUCGCAAUGAAUAAAAAGAAAAAGAUAUUUAUGAUGAUUUCUUUAAUGAAUUAAAAUGAAACGAAUUCGCUUAUGUUUCAUUCACUUGUGUUUCAUGUUUUCAAAGCAGUUUUAUUAAUCAACUUUUUUAUCGAUAAGGUUGAAUGUGAUAUUAUAAUUUAUAUUAUUAUGUAAAAAAUAAAUGAUUUCACUUA